AUGGAUCAGCAUAGUCCUAUUGAGAUGUCAGCGCUUGGCCAAUCUUUCCGCUGUGAUAAGUGCGGUUCGCCCUACGUUGUUGACCCAAAUCGACGCGGUAAUCGAAAGAAAAAAUCCAAGCACAUGGCAUGUCCCAGGCGGAAGUUGGACCCGCAAACCAAUAAAAUAUUAACAUUAUGCAACGCCUGUGGUUUGGCGUUUAGUCGGAGUAAAAAAGCAAAACCGAAUCCAUCGCCACCAUCAUUAGAAAUGAAAUUAGAAUAUCUAAAAGAAGCUAAACAAUUUACUUCGCGCUUAAUUGAGAAGUUUGGUGAUCAAGAUGCGGAAAGAUUAAGUUGCCCCAACUUUAAAAAGCAUGGAUGUGGCUGUCUCCAAAAAUAUAUUACCGAUCAAAGUCAAAAUGAAUCAGAAACUCGUGUACGCCAAUUACUUCAUUUAAUUAAACAAGCUAAAAUUUUACGCCAACAAAAGUGCUAUGGUUUCCCAAACAGUAACGGGAUCAAUAUUAAUUCCACCAAAUCAAAGAUUAAAGUCGGUCUUGGAAAUGGACAUCGAAAAUCUAAAGCAUUUGAAGAAUUUGUGUUAACCCAACGUAAAAUUUUACGGGAAGAAUACAACCUAUGCGAACGAGCAACACAGAAAAUCUUAAUUUAUUCCAACAAUUUCUUACAUAAGAAAUUAAAAACAGAUCCUAACCAACGUUCAAGAAUAACACGAAGGAAAGGAAAAGCUGCUUUAGGAAAAUUAAAGCCCAUUCAAGAUUUAGCUAAUGAAAAUUGUUGCAUUGACAACUGCAUUAAGAUUGCUAAAACUCAUGCUAAAUUACUAGAAGAAUGGCGAGAACGAGCAACGUCUGGACAAGAAGAAGCAAGACGCGUCUUAGCUGAAAUGUUAACGCCAGCUGGAGGAAGUAGAACAAAUUGCUAUCGAUUUAUAUCAUGGAUAACAGGAUGUAGCCAUAGUACAAUUAGUCGUGUAAACGAACAGAUGAAGAAAACUGGAGGUAGUCGGGAGCCUCCACAACACGGAUUAAAACAGUGGUGGAGAAAACAUGGCCAACCUAGAAAAUCUUGUAAACCGCAAGAAAGAUCAGAACAAAUGGUGGACAAGACUACAAAAUCAGUAAACUAUUCACAAUCAUUUUACCAGCAAAACCUUUACUCGUCACCACCCAUAACCAAAACAGAAAGUUUUUCAUCAUGUAGUCAACAUCCACAAGCUAUCGCUGACCCUAGCCAAUUAGUGGAUACAUCUCAAUACGAACAAGACAAUCAAAAACUAAUGGAAAUUAAUUCACAAUGGAAUAGCUUUCGAUCCCAACAGAAUAAUAACGUUAAUUCUAGAAAUCAUUGUCAUAAUACGCAAGUUAUGCCCAAUAUGACAACAAAUGCAGCUGUUUACAAUAUCCUUCCAUCAGAUCAGUACAAUGACCAACAAUUUACCCUUAACGAUUCAACACAGUUGCUCCAUUCUGCUACCGAAAAUAAUAACCCCCAAUACAGUUAUUAG